AUGCCAGGAGACACAGACAAACCCUUUGCCAGUCACCGACCGGCGACCACAGCCAUCCUGAGGAUCAAAAUUAAACUUCUGCAAAUGAGACUAAAUCCCAGGAAUAAGAAGACUGGUAACGUAGCAGAAUUAAUCGACGGAUUGAGAAAGAAAGGUCAUUCAAAUUCUGUAUUGGAAGCAGCUCUUGAAGAGAAGUUUAGAGUGACAGUUGCGAAAAUGGCGGAAUUUCCUGGAUCAACUUUAACCGACUCCAGCGAUGAGAGUUCUGAUGAAUCCCCAGAACCAAAGCGCCCUAGAACUGUUUUUUCUCACCAGGGUCUUGGGUCGGACAGUAUGUUUUCUGACAGAGGGAGCACUGACUUAAGUUUACCUGAUGAAGACGGAGUACCUAAUUCUAGUGAUGAUGAAAACAUAGCAUCUAAAAUGAUGAAGGAAAUGAAACCCAAAGCCUUUGUAGAUAACAAGGCUCAAAAAAUGAUGGAAAGAAUGGGCUAUAGAGCUGGAAAAGGUUUGGGUAAACAUUCCCAAGGAAUAGUCGAUCCUGUUGAAGUUUCCAGACAACGAGGACGAAGAGGUUUGGGCUUGCAUAUUCCUGGAUUGGAAGCAGCAGAUAUUGAAUGGAACUCUGAUCUAGAGGUAGUAAAAGUAGAAGAAGAUGUAUUUUGGCUGGAGGAAAAGGAUCAUACUCCUUUAUCUGAUGAUGAAUUCAUUUCAUGGUUCAAAGAGGGGCCCCGGAAACUUAAUAUUGAAGAUGAAACUUUAUUUUGUGACCCGAAAGUAUUAAAGAGAGUUAUUAGUAGCAAAAGUGUAUUUGACAGUUUGAAUCCAGAAGAAAUGAGGAAAGCACGAACAAGAUCAAAUCCAUAUGAAACCAUUAGAGGAGCAUUUUUCUUAAAUAGAGCGGCAAUGAAAAUGGCUAACAUGGAUAAAGUAUUUGAUUUUAUGUUUACUGAUCCUAAAAAUGAAAGAGGGGAGAGUAUGAUUGGUCCAAAUGAAUUACUGUAUUUUGCUGACGUAUGUGCUGGACCUGGUGGGUUCUCUGAAUACGUUUUGUGGCGAAGAAAAUGGAAUUCAAAAGGUUUUGGUUUUACUCUUAAAGGAGACAAUGAUUUUCGUUUAGCGGACUUUUAUGCUGGGCCCAGUGAAACAUUUGAACCAUACUAUGGUCAAAACCAAGAUGGGAAUGUAUUUGACCCUGAUAACAUUCGCUCUCUGAAAGAUUUUGUCAUGGAUCAGACUGAUGGUGUGGGUGUUCAUUUUAUGAUGGCUGAUGGAGGUUUUUCAGUUGAGGGACAAGAGAAUAUUCAAGAAAUACUUUCUAAGCAGCUGUAUCUGUGCCAGUUCCUAGUUGCUCUUUGUAUUCUUAGAGAUGGAGGGCAUUUUGUAUGCAAAUUGUUCGAUCUAUUUACUCCGUUCAGUGCAGGACUUAUAUAUCUUAUGUAUAAAUCAUUUAAACGUAUUUGUCUUCACAAACCCAAUACUAGUCGACCUGCUAAUUCUGAAAGAUAUAUUAUUUGUAAAUGGAAGAGGAAUGAUUGUGGCCCUGUGACAGAUUAUUUGUUUAAAGUCAAUCAAGUUUUGUUUAAAUUAGGAUCAUCUAGUAAAGAUGAUGUUACUAGUCUGGUAGAUCUCUCUGUUCUUCAAGAAGAUAGAGCAUUCUAUGAAUACAUGGUAGAUUCUAACAACAGUCUUGGAGAACGCCAAGUGAUUAAUUUGGUGAAAAUUGCUGCAUUCUGCCGUGAUACCUCAUUGUCAGAGCCAAAACAAGCAGAAAUGCGGCGAAAAUGUCUAGAGUAUUGGGAGAUACCUGACAGAGCAAGAACUGCUCCUCCUAAGAUAUCUCCCGAUUCAAAAUGUGAUGAUCUGCUUAGAGCAGCUAAAACAAAUAUGACAGUUCUACAAGGGCAGCAGAAAGAUUUACAAUCAAGCAUGAUAGAACAUGCCUUCAAAUCUAUUUAUGACUGGCACUGUGUUGUUUUAGGAAGCUCUCGAGAAACAAAAUCUUGUACCUUCUAUUUAGGAAUGGGUAGAAAUAGGGUGUUCUGUUGGGAAAACAGUAAAUGGCAAAAGGUCGAUGGAAAUAUAGAGUUGAGCCCUGACACAUUUAUAUACGCAGAAAUGGUUUUGGAGAGAGAUGGAAGGGGCCAACGCAAAAUGAAAUGCUUGCACAUCAUUGAUGCAUUUAUGCUUGGUGGUGUCCCAGUUUUCAAUCGGCACCUUACUGAAAGACAUUUAUUUUGCCACAAAUACGCAAAAGCUCACUUCAAACCAAGUCGAACAGAUCUGAUUCCUCUUCGUGUGAAGACAUUGUACGAUCUUGAGGAUAUAGACAACGUUUUCCAGAGACUAGAAUCAAGAGUAAUACGAGGUGCUGGAAGCUUCCCUAGAACAAUAUUCACUUUAGAUGAAGAAAAGUUCUUUAUUCCUGCAGGAGUGUUAUUCAUCAAAGCUACUCAAGCUCCUUGGACAAGAGCUUUCAGCCGAAGUACAGGCCAUCGAUUUUAUGGGGCCCAGGGAAAAGCAUCAUUAUUUGAUAAAGACAGACCUCCAGAGGCAUGUGCUGAUUUUAUAAACUGCUUUACAUCACGUCUUGUGUGGUGGUGGAAGGAAGCGGAAUUUGACAACAGUUCUACGCAAGAUGCAUCAAAAUUGCUAAAACAAAGUAUUAUAGAACAUGUUAAAAGGAGUACAAUUAAUGCAGACAAAAACAAAAGAAAUGUAUAAAAUCUGCACAAAGACAAAUGCACAUAAAUAUUGUUAAUGUGUAUAAUUCUUAAUUUUUAAAAUAAAUCGUGAAAAAA